AUGGUCUCCUCAACCACUCUUCUUAAACAGGACACAAAAAAGCCCCAAAAGCUCCCGUCAAUCGAGGAGAUCAAGGCGGCAAUCCCUGCACACUGUUUUGAAAAAAGUCUUCCAAAAUCACUUUUCUUUCUGGUGCUCGAUUACGUGAUUCUCUAUGGAUGCUAUUUGGUAUUGCCGUAUUUUGAGGCAUAUGGAUGGGCUGGAUACAUCACAUGGUGUUGGGUGAUCGGGAUGUUCGCAGCGUCGUUGUUCUGCAUUGGACACGAUUGCGGGCAUACGACUUUCUCGAACUAUGAAUGGGUGAAUGAUUUGUGUGGACACAUCGCUCACGCGCCGAUUAUGGCUCCGUAUUGGCCGUGGCAGAAGACCCAUCGACAGCAUCAUCAGUACACCUCUCACAUCACCAAGGACAAGGGACAUCCAUGGGUGACCGAGGAGGACUAUGAGGGAAAGAACUUUCUCGAGAAGCACUUUGCGAAGUUCCCAAUCUCUGGAUUGCUCAGAUGGAAUCCAAUCUACACAUUCCUCGGUCUCCCCGAUGGAUCGCAUUUCUGGCCAUUCUCCGAUCUUUUCACCACCACAACCGAGCGAAUCAAAUGCGCCGUUUCCGCGUCAGCCGUUUUCUUCUGCAUGGGGGUUGCUUUCUACUUCUGCGACUAUUCGAUCACGAAAUGGUUCUGGUACUACUAUAUGCCGUGUUUGUGGCAAGGAUUGUGGCUUGUUGUCAUCACCUACAUGCAGCAUUCUCAUCCGGAAAUCGAGGUUUACGAGGAUAGCCAGUGGAACUACAUGAAGGGACAAGUGCAGACAGUCGAUCGAACCUAUGGAUUCGGCGUCGACACGUUGCUCCAUCACAUCACUGACGGCCAUGUUGCUCAUCACAUGUUCUUCACGCGAAUCCCGCACUAUAAUCUCAUGGAGGCCACUGAGGCGAUCAAAGGCGUUUUGGAUCAAUAUCCAGGUGCAUAUAGGCAUGAGACAAACUACCAUGUUUGGUUCAAAUACCUCUGGUACAAUGUUCGUCUUGAGUACCUCAUUGGGAAGGGAUCCGGUGUGCUUCGGUACAAACUGAUCGGACAAGAGAAGAAACUUCAU